AUCUCGUGCAAACGCUGCGAGUGUUGUUAGUCCCGACGUGUUCACCCCGCUUUAAUAGAUGACUUUCUUCCUUAUUUUUCUUAAAGAAAUAUAUUUAUAUUUUUAACUAUAGCGUGCGGAAAAGAACCAACCCGCUGUGAAAAAGGGGCAUUUUUAUAAGUAAUGUCGAAUCCCGGAGCUCGACGGAACGGGUCAAGCAUUAAAAUCCGCCUGACAGUGUUGUGUGCAAAAAGUCUGGCCAAGAAGGAUUUUUUCAGAUUACCUGACCCCUUUGCCAAAAUUAUUGUGGAUGGCUCCGGGCAAUGUCACUCAACAGAUACAGUGAAAAACACGCUUGAUCCAAAAUGGAACCAACACUAUGACUUGUACAUUGGAAAAGCAGACUCAAUUACGAUAAGCAUAUGGAAUCACAAGAAAAUACAUAAAAAACAGGGAGCUGGCUUCCUGGGUUGUGUUCGGCUGCUAUCAAAUGCCAUCAGUAGAUUAAAGGAUACUGGCUAUCAGCGAUUGGAUCUAUGCAAACUCAAUCCCACAGACAGCGAUACCAUAAGAGGACAAAUAGUUGUAAGUUUACAAACUCGAGAUCGAAUAGGAAUGGGUGGUCCUGUUGUCGAUUGCAGAGGAAUAUUGGAUAAUGAUCUUCCAGAGGGACCACUUUUUGAGGAUUCUGGACCAGGAAGGCCACUAAGCUGUAUAAUGGAAGACACUGUGCCGUUUACAGACAUGACUGGUGCUGCUGGUGGAGGAACUUGCCAAUUGAUAGAGACUCAAAACCAGGAUCAGAGACUGCAAACACAGCGAAUCCGAAAUUUUGGUGUCCGAGUUCAAAUGAACACGCCACAGAGCCGGCCUCAUAGCCAUCAAUCUCCUGUACUACCAGAGGGAUAUGAGCAGCGAACAACGGUACAGGGACAAAUUUAUUUUCUGCAUACACAGACUGGAGUCAGCACUUGGCAUGAUCCUCGAAUACCAAGAGAUUUAACAAAUUUUAACUAUGAUGAGCUUGGUCCUUUGCCUUCAGGGUGGGAAGUCAGAAGUACAGUGUCAGGAAGAAUAUAUUUUGUAGAUCACAACAAUCGAACUACACAGUUUACAGACCCCAGACUACAUCAUAUAAUGAGGAACAAGCAAAUGAUGAGGUUGUUGUUCAGUUCCACAAACAUUUCUUCCAGGGCCUAUGAUCCAUUACACAGCAAUCCAACCCAGCUGAAGGAAUCCAAUCAGACAUUGCCAGUGCCAGCUGAGGUACCAGUGGAAGAAGGAGAAGGUGAAUGGUCUGUCCCACGAUGUGAACGAGAUCUUGUACAGAAGUUGAAAGUCCUAAGGCACGAGCUUGCUUUGCAGCAACCACAAGCAGGGCACUGCCGUAUUGAAGUUUCUCGGGAUGAAAUCUUCGAGGAAUCAUACCGACAGGUGAUGAAAAUGAGACCAAAGGACCUGAAGAAGCGGUUAAUGGUAAAAUUUAGAAGUGAAGAAGGCUUGGAUUAUGGUGGAGUAGCCAGGGAGUGGUUGUAUUUGCUCUGUCAUGAAAUGUUGAAUCCUUACUAUGGGUUGUUUCAAUAUUCAACUGAUAAUAUCUACACACUACAGAUCAAUCCAGAUUCUGCUGUCAACCCUGAGCACUUGUCCUACUUCCAUUUUGUGGGUCGGAUAAUGGGACUGGCUGUAUUUCAUGGACACUACAUUAAUGGUGGUUUCACAUUGCCGUUCUACAAGCAGCUGUUAGGAAAGCCUAUCCAGUUAUCAGACUUGGAAACUGUGGACCCAGAAUUGCACAAAAGCCUGGUUUGGAUCCUUGAAAAUGAUAUUACACCUGUCCUUGAUCAUACAUUUUGUGUCGAACAUAACUGUUUUGGUCGGAUUAUUCAACAAGAGCUGAAACCAAAUGGCAGAAAUGUUCCUGUAACAGAAGAGAAUAAGCGAGAAUAUGUGAGGCUUUAUGUGAACUGGAGGUUUAUGAGAGGAAUUGAGGCGCAGUUUCUGGCUCUACAGAAGGGAUUUAAUGAGCUUAUUCCACAACAUCUCCUUAAACCUUUUGAUCAAAAAGAAAUUGAGCUUAUUAUUGGUGGGUUGGGAAAGAUUGACAUAAAGGACUGGAAAGCUAACACACGUCUAAAGCAUUGUACAUCUGACAGCAACAUUGUGAAAUGGUUCUGGCAAACAGUGGAGAUGUUUGAUGAGGAAAGAAGAGCUCGACUGCUUCAGUUUGUAACCGGUUCUUCCAGGGUACCUCUGCAGGGAUUCAAGGCAUUACAAGGCUCUACAGGUGCUGCAGGUCCAAGACUUUUUACCAUCCAUUUGAUUGAUGCCAACACAGAAAACCUUCCCAAAGCACAUACAUGUUUUAAUCGUAUAGACAUCCCCCCUUAUGAGUCUUAUGAAAAGCUUUAUGAGAAAUUGUUGACAGCUGUUGAAGAGACAUGUGGCUUUGCAGUUGAGUGAAAUACGUGAGUGCUUUUGAAGUUGAUAGGAACACUACAGAAACGAAGUUCUGCAAGCAUCAUGAUGAGCAACGCACUAUGUAACAGAGAACUAACAAUUUACUCACAUGAUAGCUUUAACUUACAAAUGAUAUAAUGACGCUGAUCACUCAAAAACAGAAAGGCAGUAAGAUUUCUUAAAGAGGAAACUAGGAAGCUCACAAAUGAAGAAGAAACUGAAUCUGUUUAACAGAAAAAUGGACCUGUUUCAGUUGUAUCAUACAUUUUAAGUUGUAUGCUUGAAACUUUAUUUCAAAAACUUUGCACAGUAAACAAAGACAGAUCCUUGCACAUUUCACUUCUUUCCUUAUUCCUUUAACCAAUUACCCAGCCAUGAGUCUCAAAGAUGUGGUCCAACAGAAAUUUUUCAUUCUUCCAAAAUCUGAAACUGAUGUUUAAAAAUACUGGAUGCUAAACUAGAAAUAGUUCUUUUUCUAGCUUGAGUAUUUUUUUUAUUAACUCUCAUCACAGACAGUAACUAUACGGUGCGUUUUAAUCAAAUCAGAUUAUUUUUAUCUAUAUUUUGUUAAAAGAAUUGUAAUCCUCCACAAUGAAUAACUGUUUUUAGGAAUAUUUACUAAUAUAUUUACAAAGAAAACCUGAACAUCUGUUCUAAUGUGAUGAACCCUUUAAUACUGCAAUCAUGUUUUGGCUUCAAAAUUAAAAUUGUAGUCAUGUUGGAAUGUUUGUUUUACAAAUAGCUUGAGGUAAGGUAUCCUAUGUUAUACUUUGAAUUCAAUUUCAUAAUGUGCAUAAAAUAUCACCUUUUACAAAAUUAAUUUAAAAUGAGAGCUGAAUUUAUGAAACCUGAAAAUAUCUUACAUUACUCAAAGGAUUGGUCCAGUAAUGUUCGGAAAAGUCCAGCAUUGAAACAGCUAACAAAGGAAAAUUGACAAACUUCGUUUGUAGCAGAGUUGAUUGUUUCCCAGAUUUAUUUUUUUUUGCUUUACAUCUGGUUAGUCUUUAAAUUUUCUUGUAAUUCUUCUGGCACCUCACUAUUUUGUCCUUGGCUCAGAAUUUACAAUAGCAGACACUCAUGAAAGAUUAACUGUGAUGACAGCUUACUAACAAGAAUUUACCAAUAGGUUAAGCAGAUAAAUGAACAAAUGUAAGUGUUGAGGUUUUACUAUCACAACACUGUAUCCAUAUUUUAACAGUUUUUGAAGUAGUUUUUCUAUUUGUUUCUGGAUGUUGGAUUAAAGUUAUUUUUAAUUAAUAUUGUGAACCCUUUUGGAAAUCUGAAUAAGAAAGAAAGGGCAUUAUUUAGACUGUUUUACUGCCUUAAACUUUAAAAAACAAAUCUGGAACUUUGAAAACAUUCAUUGCUUCUAUAACUUUUAGAAGCUAUUUUCUUCAGCCCAUUUUGAAGAGCCAGUAUUCCUUUUGUUUCAUUUGAUGUUCAAUGCUGCAAACACUCAUGGAGGUGAACUUUUUAGGUGUUUGGUAACUCUGACCCAAUAUCCUGUCUGUUUUAAUACCAGUAGUAUAUAGUUACAGUUUUGAGCAACAUCAAGUUUACAAUUCCUAUGUGCCCCUUGACCUCUCCUGAAAAUGUUACACAUUUGCUCUGAAGAUUCAUUUUGAAGAAGCAGAAUUUUGGUUUGCUUUAUGAUUUAGAUGUAAGCAAAAUUUCUGCAUUUUCCAACAUUCAGUCUUUAAUUUAGUGAGACUGAUGAGUUGAAUAAGUGUGGCAUAAAUUCAGCUAGACUUAAAAAUCAUAUUACACUUAUUGAUUUUAUACAGUGAAGAACUAACUGGAAUCAUUAAUCAAAGCAGCAUUGAAAUCAAUAUCCUUGUCUGAAAUAUUGGUUUUGUUUUCUGUAUUUCUGGAGCAAAACUGAAGUCUCGGGUACUAAAGUUGGACAAACUGUAUGGGGAAAAAACAUCAGUACACUUACAUUUGGUAGCCUGGAAUAAGGAUUUAAUUUCCACUGAUAGGACAAAAAAAUGCAGAUGCCAAUAUUUCAGCACAGAUUUCAGAACCUAUUUUGAAUGUAAAAGUGAUAUAUAAUUAUGAGAGCUUGUCAACAAUGUUAUUUCUCAUACCGUUAGACUUAAGAAAGGUUUCCUUCUAUCUUUAUUAGUAUAUAGUGCUUAAGCAACUAUUACAUCUAUAAUUUGCCCUAAUUUAUAUAAUUUAAUGUGGUUUCCAAACAAAAAUAUUUUAACUUUUAAUUUUUUUUAUAGCUGUUGAAACAACAUUUUCUCAUACUAAAUUUAAUCUUUGUAGUAGGCAUAGUAGGUUUCUUUUCUUGCUAAUUCUGGUAAAUUAUGGAGACAAAUAGAACAAUUUUCUUUUUUGGCUUGAAUUAGCAACACUAGAAAAUAAUGCCAUGUGAAUGAUUACUAUGUUCUUUUCAAAUUUAUGAAUUUCCUUUAGGUAACUUUUUAAUUUGGGAAACGGGUAAUUGUUUAAUAUAAAGUUAAUCACUGGGUACUCAAGUUAAUUUUCCAAAUUAAGCAUGCUGAAUUGCACAUUACCAGUAAGUUCCUCUAGUAUGAAGUUCAAAAAGAAUACAAAUACUCAGAAAUCUGAGGAAACAUCAUAGUUUAUAAAACAUGUAAAUUGAUACUAAAUGUUAGGAUAUAACAAUUUUUCUGUCAACUUUAAACUCAAUAUUUGAUCUAUUACUUCAGAAAUAUAUGAGUGAUCUGAAAAUGGAUUUCCCUAUUUUAAAAAUUGUGCUGCAAAGAAUAUUCUUUUACUUUUACCACUACCUUAGGAAAACAUGCUAAAUCUAUGGGAUUAGUAAGACUAAACACUACUUUAUGCAACUUCAGUCCAGGAGCUGGGAUUUCUUUGUAAAGUUUCAAUUAUAUUGCCACCUUUGUUGUGUAGAAAUGUAGGUCCAUGCAUUUCUUUGUAGAAUUAGAAUAUUGCAUGUUGCAAAUACCCUAAUAUCAACAGCGUAAUUGUUUUCAUAUGCGCAAGUAUUUUUGUUCUGUUUAUUCUGCAGUGAGAUAGAGAAUUCCUUACAAAAAUAUAAAAUACAUCCAUUUAUUCUUCCAUAUGAAUGCAAUUGCAUCAUAAAUACCACAGAAUGACUUCUUUGCAAAUUUUAAAAUAAGGUGCGAUUUGCAAAAAGUUUUCUAUAGUAAGCUUUGCAAGAAAACAAAAGUUAGCAGAAUUCGCAGCUUAUUUUUCUGAAAUAUUUAUUAAAUCCUAAUACAAAUAUUGAAACAGCCUUUACUUUUAAAAAGUAAGAUUUUAGUUCUGGAGUUGAAGUUAAAUCUAGGAUUAUGCUACUUUGUUCGGUCAACCAUAGCCAUUUGGGCAAGCCAUUUACAGGAUCCACAAUGAUGUAAAUGAUUUGAACAUUUAACAUUGCACUUUAAAUUGAAAACUAAUUAUCCAGUGCUCCUAAAUGUAAGCUAUGACUGCAGUACUUCAAAUUAGCAGUUAUAUACAGAAUUCCAUGUAUACUUACUUAGCAGAGAAGGGGAAAUUAUUAUGGAAUUCUUCAACUAAAUAGUAAUCAACUACAAAGAAAUAUUUGGACAUAGUAUUCUAGUUAACUACAUGAUAAAUAUAAAGGCAGCAAGACCAUAAAAGCAAAUGCCCUUUUAAUAUGUUUUUUUAUAGAAUAGAUAAUGUGUUUCCAUUUGAAUUGCAUGCAUUACAGAACACAGUAUUUUGGUGAGGAUAUGGAAUAAAUGCAACUUACACAGCCAUCAUUCUGUUAGGAAUGGGAGAGAAAUUGGAGAACAUAUUUCAAGACAGACAAAUUUCGUUUUUUUUCUAAAUUUGUUUAUCUCCAGCCCAUGGCAAAAUAACACUGGCCUUCCAAAAUAUUUAAAAUUGGAAAUCCUUUAGUGUAAUAUUACAAAAUAUUUAGCCCAAACCUAUAAUUCUGUGGCGCCUUUCAUGACACCAGAUGCCGAGAACGUGUAUUUUAGCCAGUAAGCAAUCUAACUUGUCACAACAAUUGUAGGAAAUAAAAGUCAGUUUGCUCCUGAAACAAAAUAGAAAAAAUAUGUACAGAUAAUAUUUUGUAAUGCUGGAAAUAUGGAGCAGAUCAGGCAGCAUUUAUGGAGAAGUUUGAGGUUACCUGAACUGUAACAGUCACACACAUCAGAUCGGUUUAUCUAAGCAGUAAUUUUUCUUGAAUAUGGAAUGAGUACAUUGUGAGACCUGAUCCGAUUUCUCUUUUUAAUUUAUUGUUGCAUAUGGGACAACAAUGGACCAGAUCUAAAAAAAAACAGACAUUUUUUCAUGUAGUUGAUGCAGUGCAAACACAACUUGUCAAUUAUAAUGAAUAAUUAUCUCCAAACCUUCAUUGUAGAGAUUUUUCACAUUUAUUAUCAAAACCCAAAAUUUGCACAAAAGAAAGCAUUGUCAGAAUUGAAUUGGUGGUAAUAGAAGAGGAGAGGAGAUAAUUUUCCCAGUUGUUGGUGCUAAAUAUUGCUCUCUUAAAAUAAAAAUGUCAUGCUGAUUGAACUUUUUGUUUUGGAUGAAUGUUUUCAUCUGACUAUGGCAAUGUUGCCAUUACUUGCUUUUAAAAUUGAUUUUUCAGCACACAAUGUUAUUACUUGCUAAUCUUCAAUUAUUUUUAAAAGGCUUGUGUGGAAAUUUAUUUUGGACGUGCUUUCUCCUCAAACAUUGAGACACAAAAUUUAAUGUUUUUAUUAUAAUAAUACAGAAGUUAUUGUAUUUUAACACUGGUAUUAUUCUCCAUGUUUGGGUAAGAGAAACAAUCGUGUUUUAUUUUCUUAUGUUCCUCCCUGUAAAUUGUAUUUAGUGGAAUGGGGUGAGUCAAAGAAAUAAAUUAGAUGUGGUAAAACCUGGCUAGAGAUAAGUAAUCUUAACUCUUACUGCUUUCUGUAUUCUCCAUGAUGCAUCUAAACUUGACAUUUUAUUAAUUGAAACUGAUAUGGUUAGAUAAUAAUUCCACUUGUCAACAAAAUUAGAUUACUCUGAGGAUAGAAUAUGUAUCUUUUGUGACAUUUGCAAGCUUCAUGAACAUACAGUAUUUUUGGGCAUUUCUUGCAUAUACAUACUUCUGUCCCAAUGAUAAUAUGAUGUCCCAGUUUUAAUGAUGAAGUGGAUCACCGGAACCAAAACAGAGAAUUCAUGUGCCUCAGCUGUAAUUUUUCUGCCAUUAACAUUAUUGAAGUGCUAUAGGAAGACAUGAGAUAUAUUCCUCUCUAUUCAUUCUCUAUUCAUUCCUGCAUUGAUGUGAAGAAAUAACUUGUUUGGGGAAAGAUCUGUUGACCCACUAAAAUAGCUCUUAGCAGUGCUGCCAUUAAUUGCAACUAGGCAUUUUCUUCCCUUAUCAACGCUGUAAAAUUUCGGCUGUGUAUUGGUUAUUGUAAAUUAUAAUGACAUGCAAAUGAUAAGCAGGGAAGAAUGGAGCAAGAUCUGAACGUGUAAAUAUUGUGCCACAAUUUGAAGUAACUGGCUUACUUUUUUAUCCCUCAGAGUAGUAGUGGCCUGACUAUAUUUAUAUGGUUAUUUCUGUGAAAUUAUGGCAUAGUUGGAGCAGUAAGGAGAAAUGAAGGGAAAAGCUGAUUCUGGACUUAAUGUAAGAGAUUGCUAAGUUGAGGAAAUAGGACGUUCAUUUCCACUAACAGGUUCUUUAUAUCACUUAAUCAAUUCAGUUCAUUUUUUUGUGCGAUUUAAAUUGCUGAAGUCAAUACCUUACCACGUAGUUCGGAUCUAUGCUGGUAGAUUGUUUACUACUGAAACUGACUGGCAGAGUGGUGUGAUAUGCAUAAGUAGCCAUGGUGAAAGCCCAUUGAAGAUAAUUAUUUUAAAGCUACUUUUAAUCCUUUGGUUGUCCAAUAUAUUACAGUAGCAUUGCAAAAUACGAUAUCUCACUGUACUGAUCUGGAGAUCUUGCUUUCAUAAUUCAGGAUUAAGGAAAAUGGCUGUGUAAUGUGUAAUAACCCUCAAGUUUUCUAAUGUGUCUCCUAAAUUUGUAUUGUGACAGAAAUAUUACUGCAAUAAUCAUAGCUUAAUAAUUACUCGAUGAUGCAGUUUUACCCGGCCCUUAUUUCACUUUUCCCUUCUUGUAAUAUUGAAAACAAUAAGUGCCAUUUCCUAUAUAACCUGCAGUUGUGUAGCUCUUUUGCCAUUUGUUAUAAUAUUAUAUAUACACCGAGGUCGUCUGGUAACUGCAGAAAUUACCUACAUGAGUUAGAGGUUCUACACUGACUUUUGUGGGCUUUUUUGGAAUUAUUUUUUUAAAAGAUUGAAGAUAACACUCCUGAAGGUAAAAGCGCUGUAAUAGUCAAAAGGUUCAGAGCUGCUUUUCUCCUAUCUUGAAACACAUCUGUCUUUUAUGUAAGAGAUCUGUCCUUUUUAUUUUCUGUAAUAAGCUUACUUUUGCAAAUUGAAUUGUUUUGAUGAAUAUUUAUUAAUUAGUAAUUAAUCUGAGGAAAAUUAUUGCUGUAUUAACUUUUUCAUUGUUGCUGCUAAAGUCCUUUAGCAUCAGUUUUGUCGUGAACAGUGUAUAAAUUUUUUGUUUUAACUGUGAAUUGGGGUAUUUUUUAUUAUUGAUGGUAUUGAAUGAGGUAUGGAGUGAAUUUGAUGGCUAGUAAUUGAGUAGGAUGUUGGACUCAAAGCCACGUUCAUUUUUGUUA